UCUGAGCCGGGCGGGAGCCGUCGAGGGCCCGGGGAGCACGGGCCGGGCGACUUUCCCCCGGGAGUUGUAGUCUCGCUCGCGGGGGGCGGCGCGCGCGGAGGCUGAGGGGGAGGGGGAGCAUGCCCGGCUGGAGCCCGGCCUCGGGGCGCGCCCCGGCCGCCGUCCCCACCUCCGCCUCCUCCUUCUCCUCCUCCGUCUCCUCCUCCUCCUCUUCCAGUCCCGCCGCCGCGGCAGCCAACAUGGCUGCGCUCCGGAGCCCGGGAGGCGGCCGCUGCUGAGUGCCGCCCGCCGCCCCGGGCCCCCAGCGCGCCCAGGCCCCGGCCCCGGCCCCGGCCCAUGGCCCCCGCCGCCUCGCGGCUCCCGGCGCGUUAGGGCUGCCGCCGAGGCGCUCGCCCGCCCUCCCACCAGCCAGCCGGCCUCGGGGGACGUCCGGCAGGGAGGAGCGGCGCGGCCCGCCACCAUGGAGCCCCAGCGCCGGGAGCUGCUCGCUCAGUGUCAGCAGAGCCUGGCCCAGGCCAUGACGGAGGUGGAAGCCGUGCUCGGGCUGCUCGAGGCCGCGGGAGCGCUCAGCCCCGGCGAGCGGCGGCAGCUGGACGAGGAGGCGGGAGGCGCCAAGGCGGAGCUGCUGCUCAAGCUGCUCCUGGCCAAGGAGCGGGACCACUUCCAGGACCUGCGGGCGGCGCUGGAGAAGACGCAGCCUCACCUGCUGCCCAUUCUCUACCUGAACGGCGUUGUCGGGCCGCCGCAGCCCGCCGAGGGCGCGGGUUCUACCUAUAGCGUCCUAUCCACCAUGCCGUCAGACUCAGAAAGCAGCAGCUCCCUCAGCAGUGUGGGCACCACCGGGAAGGCACCAUCCCCGCCACCCCUCCUCACUGACCGGCAAGUGAACGAGAAGGUGGAGAACCUCUCCAUCCAGCUGCGGCUCAUGACCCGGGAGAGGAAUGAGCUUCGCAAGCGCCUGGCCUUUGCUACGCACGGGACGGCCUUUGACAAGAGGCCCUACCACAGGCUGAAUCCUGACUACGAGAGGCUGAAGAUCCAGUGUGUGCGGGCCAUGUCGGACCUGCAGAGCCUGCAGAACCAGCACACCAACGCCUUGAAGAGGUGUGAGGAGGUGGCCAAGGAGACUGACUUCUACCACACACUCCACAGCCGGCUCCUGAGUGACCAGACUCGGCUGAAGGAUGAUGUGGACAUGCUGAGGCGGGAGAACGGGCAGCUGCUGCGGGAGCGAAACCUGCUACAGCAAUCGUGGGAGGACAUGAAGCGGCUCCACGAGGAAGACCAGAAGGAGAUCGGUGACCUCCGUGCCCAGCAGCAGCAGGUGUUGAAACACAACGGGUCGUCUGAGAUCCUUAACAAGCUGUAUGACACGGCCAUGGACAAGCUGGAGGUGGUGAAGAAGGAUUACGAUGCCCUGCGGAAGAGGUACAGUGAGAAAGUCGCCAUCCACAACGCAGACCUGAGCCGCCUGGAGCAGCUCGGGGAGGAGAACCAGCGGCUGCUGAAGCAGACAGAGAUGCUGACCCAGCAGAGGGACACGGCCAUCCAGCUGCAGCACCAGUGCGCGCUCUCCCUGAGGAGGUUCGAGGCGAUCCACCAUGAGCUGAACAAGGCCACAGCACAGAACAAGGACCUGCAGUGGGAGAUGGAGCUGCUGCAGUCAGAGCUGACCGAGCUGAGAACCACGCAGGUGAAGACAGCGAAGGAGUCAGAGAAGUACAGGGAGGAGCGGGACGCUGUGUACAGCGAGUACAAGCUCAUCAUGAGUGAGCGCGACCAGGUCAUCUCUGAGCUGGACAAGCUGCAGACUGAGGUGGAGCUGGCUGAGUCCAAGCUCAAGAGCAGCACGUCUGAGAAGAAGGCGGCCAGCGAGGAGAUGGAGGCACUGCGGCAGAUCAAAGAUACAGUGACAAUGGACGCUGGGAGAGCCAACAAGGAGGUGGAAAUCCUUCGAAAGCAGUGCAAGGCUCUGUGCCAGGAGCUGAAGGAAGCCCUCCAGGAGGCGGAUGUGGCCAAGUGCCGGCGGGACUGGGCCUUCCAGGAGCGAGACAAGAUCGUGGCCGAGCGUGAUAGCAUCCGGACACUGUGUGACAACCUGAGGCGGGAGCGGGACCGUGCAGUGAGCGAGCUGGCUGAGGCCCUUCGCAGCCUGGAUGACACCCGCAAGCAGAAGAAUGACGUCAGCCGCGAGCUGAAGGAACUCAAAGAGCAGAUGGAAUCCCAGUUGGAAAAAGAGGCCCGGUUCCGGCAGCUGAUGGCCCACAGCUCCCACGACUCGGCCAUUGACACGGAUUCCAUGGAGUGGGAAACGGAAGUUGUAGAGUUUGAGAGGGAGACGGAGGAUAUUGACUUGAAGGCACUGGGGUUUGAUAUGGCAGAAGGUGUGAAUGAGCCUUGUUUUCCGGGGGACUGCGGCAUAUUUGUCACUAAAGUGGACAAAGGAAGCAUUGCUGAUGGCCGUUUAAGGGUCAAUGACUGGCUGCUGCGAAUCAACGAUGUGGACCUCAUCAACAAGGACAAGAAGCAGGCCAUCAAGGCGCUCCUCAAUGGGGAGGGGGCCAUCAACAUGGUUGUGCGGAGGAGGAAGUCCCUGGGUGGGAAGGUGGUCACGCCACUGCACAUCAACCUCAGUGGACAGAAAGACAGCGGCAUCAGUCUGGAGAAUGGAGUGUACGCUGCUGCUGUGCUGCCUGGAAGCCCUGCCGCCAAAGAAGGGUCCCUUGCUGUGGGAGACAGGAUUGUUGCGAUCAAUGGCAUUGCACUGGACAACAAGUCUCUGAAUGAAUGUGAAUCUCUGCUGCGGAGCUGCCAGGACUCCCUGACCCUGUCCCUCCUGAAGGUGUUCCCUCAGAGCUCCUCGUGGAGUGGCCAGAACAUUUUUGAAAAUAUCAAAGACUCUGAUAAGAUGCUGAGUUUUCGAGCCCAUGGCCCGGAGGUCCAGGCUCAUAAUAAACGGAACUUGAUACAGCACAAUAACUCCACGCAGACAGACAUCUUCUAUGCGGACAGGCUGGAAGACAGGAAGGAGCCAGGCCCCCCAGGAGGCAGCAGCUCCUUUCUGCACAAGCCAUUCCCAGGGGGACCCUUGCAGGUCUGCCCCCAGGCCUGUCCCAGUGCCUCUGAGCGUAGCCUGAGCUCCUUCCGCUCAGAUGCCUCUGGGGACCGUGGCUUUGGGCUGGUGGAUGUGCGUAGCCGGCGGCCACUGCUGCCCUUUGAGACAGAGGUGGGCCCCUGUGGGGUGGGGGAGGCCCCCCUGGACAAGGCGGACUCUGAAGGCUCCAACAGCGGUGGGACCUGGCCCAAGGCCGUGCUCAGCUCCACGGCAGCGCCUGAGAAACUCUCCGUUUAUAAGAAGCCAAAGCAAAGAAAGUCCAUCUUUGACCCUAACACUUUCAAAUGCCCCCAGACACCCCCCAAAAUAGACUACCUGCUUCCAGGCUCUGGGCCUGCUCACUCUCCCCAGCCCUCCAAGAGGGUGGGGCCUCUGACACCCCCAAAACCUCCCAGGAGGAGCGACUCCAUUAAGUUCCAGCACAGGCUGGAGACCAGCUCUGAGUCAGAGGCCACUCUGGUGGGCAGCUCCCCAUCCACAAGCCCCCCGAGUGCCCUGCCCCCCGACGGGGGCCCUGGGGAGCCCAUGCACGCAUCACCCCCUCGCAAGGCCAGGGUCCGCAUCGCUUCCAGCUACUACCCCGAAGGAGACGGAGACUCCUCCUUCCUGCCAGCCAAGAAGUCCUGUGAUGAGGACCUCACCUCCCAGAAGGUGGACGAACUAGGGCAGAAGCGUCGCCGGCCAAAGUCUGCUCCCAGUUUUCGGCCUAAGCUCGCUCCAGUAGUGAUUCCUGCUCAGUUCCUGGAGGAACAGAAGUGCGUCCCGGUCAGUGGAGAACUCUCCCCGGAUCUCCAGGAGUGGGCCCCUUACUCACCCGGGCAUUCCAGCCGGCACAACAAUCCCCCGCUGUACCCUAGCAGGCCGUCUGUGGGCACUGUUCCCCGGAGUGUGACCCCCAGCACCACCAUGAGCUCCAUCCUGCGGAACCCCAUCUACACCGUGCGCAGCCACAGGGUCGGCCCUUGCAGCUCUCCACCUGCGGCCCGAGAUGCCGGCCCCCAGGGUUUGCAUCCCAGUGUCCAGCACCAGGGACGCCUGAGCCUGGACCUGAGCCACAGGGCCUGCAGCGACUACUCCGAGAUGAGAGCCACCCACGGGUCCAACUCACUGCCCUCCAGCGCCCGCCUAGGUUCUUCGAGUAACUUGCAGUUCAAGGCGGAACGCAUUAAAAUCCCAUCAACCCCAAGAUACCCACGGUCUGUUGUGGGCUCCGAUAGAGGUUCACUGUCACAUUCUGAAUGCAGCACUCCUCCGCAGUCACCCCUCAACAUCGACACCCUGUCCUCUUGUAGCCAGUCCCAGACCUCAGCCUCCACAUUGCCCAGAAUCGCUGUCAACCCUGCGUCCCUCGGGGAGCGGAGAAAGGACAGGCCUUACGUGGAGGAGCCACGCCACGUGAAGGUGCAGAAGGGCUCAGAGCCGCUGGGCAUCUCCAUCGUGAGUGGAGAGAAGGGCGGCAUCUAUGUCUCCAAGGUGACCAUAGGGAGCAUCGCUCACCAGGCCGGCCUUGAGUACGGGGAUCAGUUACUGGAGUUCAAUGGCAUAAAUCUGCGGAGCGCCACAGAGCAGCAGGCGCGACUCAUCAUCGGGCAGCAGUGUGACACCAUCACCAUCCUGGCUCAGUACAACCCCCAUGUGCACCAGCUCAGCAGCCACUCCCGGUCCAGCUCACACCUGGACCCUGCCGGUACCCACUCCACUCUCCAGGGCAGCGGCACCACUACCCCGGAGCAUCCCUCUGUCAUUGACCCACUGAUGGAGCAGGAUGAGGGCCCUGGCACCCCUCCAGCCAAGCAGAGCAGCCCCAGCUCCAGGAUUGCGGGAGAUGCCAACAAGAAGACGCUAGAGCCGCGUGUUGUCUUCAUCAAAAAGUCCCAGCUGGACCUUGGGGUGCACUUGUGCGGCGGGAACCUGCAUGGGGUGUUUGUGGCCGAGGUGGAGGAUGACAGUCCUGCCAAGGGUCCUGACGGCCUCGUUCCGGGGGACCUCAUCCUGGAGUAUGGCAGCCUGGACGUGCGGAACAAGACAGUGGAGGAGGUCUACGUGGAGAUGCUGAAGCCCAGGGAUGGCAUCCGCCUGAAGGUGCAGUACCGCCCCGAGGAGUUCACGAAGGCCAAGGGCCUGCCUGGUGACAGCUUCUACAUCAGGGCCCUGUAUGACCGGCUGGCAGACGUGGAGCAUGAGCUGAGCUUUAAGAAGGAUGACAUCCUCUAUGUGGAUGAUACUUUGCCCCAGGGCACGUUCGGGUCCUGGAUGGCUUGGCAGCUGGACGAGAAUGCCCAGAAGAUCCAGCGUGGGCAGAUUCCCAGCAAAUAUGUGAUGGACCAAGAAUUCUCCAGGAGGCUCAGCAUGUCUGAAGUCAAAGAUGACAGUAGUGCCACAAAGACCCUGUCAGCGGCUGCACGCCGGUCUUUUUUUCGGAGGAAACACAAGCACAAACGCAGCGGGUCCAAGGAUGGGAAAGACCUGCUCGCCUUGGAAGCCUUUUCCAGCGAUUCCAUUCCACUCUUUGAAGAUUCCGUGAGCCUGGCCUAUCAGCGUGUCCAGAAGGUGGACUGCACUGCUCUGAGGCCUGUCCUGAUUCUGGGGCCUUUGCUGGACGUGGUGAAGGAGAUGCUGGUGAAUGAGGCGCCUGGCAAGUUCUGCAGAUGUCCCCUUGAGGUGAUGAAGGCCUCCCAGCAGGCCAUUGAACGGGGUGUCAAAGAUUGCCUGUUUGUCGACUAUAAGCGGAGAAGCGGCCACUUCGACGUGACCACUGUGGCGUCAAUAAAGGAGAUCACAGAAAAGAACCGACACUGCCUCCUGGACAUUGCUCCCCACGCUAUCGAGCGGCUACACCACAUGCACAUCUAUCCCAUUGUCCUCUUCAUCCACUACAAGAGCGCCAAGCACAUCAAGGAACAGAGAGACCCCAUCUACCUGAGGGACAAGGUGACUCAGAGGCAUUCCAAAGAGCAGUUUGAGGCGGCGCAGAAGGUUGAGCAGGAGUACAGCAGGUACUUCACAGGGGUCAUCCAGGGAGGAGCCCUGUCAAGCAUUUGCACUCAGAUCUUGGCAAUGGUCAAUCAAGAACAAAAUAAAGUCCUGUGGAUUCCAGCCUGCCCGCUCUAGAAGAAUGCUGUGCUGUGGAUGACUGCAGCUGGCCGCCUGAGGGGACGCCAGGCUCAGCCCUUUUCUAGUGACUAAAAGUAGAAGUCUGUCCGUCUGUGAAUAUGCAGGGGAAGGAUCCAGAACCAGGACCCAGAAGCACCUCCUUUGAAGACAAGAGGGCCACGGCUGCGUGUGAUCCAGGCCCAGGCCCACACACUCUGCCCGUCACACGCGUGCUUUAACACAAAACGGAUAACACUAAAGACGUUGGAUUACAGGGGUUCAGCACCCACCUAUCUUUAGCCAGCUGAUCAGAGAUGCUGCAAAGAGAACCUUUCGGAUCACUCGUUUACAAGCCUUUUCUAAGUAUUUGGUGGUUUAUGUUUACUUGAACGGCCCCAUGUUGCCGGUGCCCAGCCCCUGCCCCUCUGUCAGCCCCAUCGCUUUGGGAUUGGUUUUGUUCCCGUCUUCAGCAAAACGACCUUGGAACCUCAAUGGGGGCUGCUUUGCUUUGGGAGGUUCUUGUCGGUGGGACCAGAGCUUUGACAAACCUCCUGCUCCUCGGUGGCACCUCUCCCGGAGGACUUCACAACUGCAGGUGCUCAGACUGCCUGUGGCAGCAGAACCAGUGCCUUUGGCAUUUUCCUCCCAUACUGGGGAAGGCAACUUUGGUGUUCUUACAGACUCGUCUCUCGGCCUUUCUCUCCUGCCUUCCACAGCCUCUCGUUUCUCCUCCAUCUGUGCUUAGUACUUAAGCACUGUGUCUGCUCCGUGAGAGCUGCGUGGGCAGGCUGCGGUAGGGUCCCAGCGGAGUUCAGCUGUGCUGAUACCUGCCAUCGGGUCCUCCUUAGGCUCUGUAAGUUAUGACAGCCUUCAUCAGUGCAAUGUUUGCAGGGUAAUUCUUAAACUUUAUAGAGGGUGGCAGGUACAUCAGUUCUUUUUGAUACGAAAACAUUCACAUUUCAGACGUUGAAUUGAGAGCUUUUAGGGGAGCGUAAUGGUUAGUGUCAUCACUAUCAACAAUCUAAAGAAAAACUGAGGUCUUUUUAAUCUUGGUUACAGCACUCACGGCAUGCACCUUACUCCACGUGGGUGUCUUCGUUUGGGGGCUUUUGUUUUGUUUUGUUUUUGCACUUCUGAGGCUGGAUAUGUCUGGCUGAAGAUUUGAUGUGGUUCCUCCUUAAGCUGUGCGUCCUGUUAAUAAUAGGUACUGUACUGGGCUCUGUGUAAGUGUCAUUGGGGUGGGACCUAUAUUUUAAUACUGUUCCUAACAUUUCAUUUUACUAGCGAGAAAUCUUUGAUUUCAUUUUAUUCUUUGUAAUUCUAGAUAGUAGAUUGUAGUUUAGCCAUAACUGCCGUUUUUAAAAAGGGAUAUAUUUUCUUGCACAGUUGUUCAAAAAAGAGACAAGUUUCAGUCCCCAAUGCUGUCCUUUGUUUUACAGGUACAAGUUUUCUAGCUCAGACGAACGAGGAAAAACUGUAGACUAUUCCCGAGGUAUUAACUCGCAGACCCUCUGGGGGCAAGGGCUGUUUUCUGAGUUGCAGGCAGAGUGGGACUGAGAUGGUACAGUGUGCACAGACAGGUACUGAGCUGACAGACUGGGGUUUUCUGUACUAAAAUGUUACUUUGUAUCAAAAGUUAAACAGGCUUUAGUACAACAAAUAAAGGUCAAUUUCUGUAA